AGAUGUGGCUUGCUCAGGAUAUCGAUGGCCCCCUGUACUGGACUGAUGUUCGGUGAAUCUGGUCUACAAUAACAGACGGCUGGAGCACACUGUGUGGCAACUGUAGAGGGUGACGAGAUAUUGGAUCGAAUGCUUGAAUACAAGAAGCAGCAGGGAACAAGAAGAAUUUGGUACUAAUUGGUUCUGAGACAAGGCCUCACCUGUGUGCCAAUGAGAGCUGCUUGCAAGUUGAGAUGCUGUUCUGGAAAAUGCAAAUGACCCUUUGAUAAGCCCAGAAGGACCAUGGGAUCAAUUAAUAUAGGAAAGGCUGCCACAUUGAACGAAUUGUUACAUGCCAGCAUUGAUACUAUUGACAAUGAAGGGGAGAUGACUAACAGUCAGGUGCCAAGGAUGGUCCUCCUAAUGCAUCGAUGGUACCUGCCAUCUACUGAACUCGCAGGAAAGCUUCUGUUGAUGUAUCGGGAAGCCACCGGUGAAGACUGCGAUGCAUUUCGACUCAAAAUCUGCCACUUAAUGAGGUACUGGAUUUCUGAAUUCCCUGCUGAAUUUAACUUGGAUCUCGGUUUGGUUCGUCUGACAGAGGAGUUUCGGGAACUGGCCAGCCAGCUGGGAUGUGAGGAGCACAGUAAACUCAUCGACAUCUCCAGCAUUCCGUCCUAUGACUGGAUGAGACGGGUCACUCAACGUAAGAAGGCUUCCAAGAAGAAGGGGAAAGCUUCUCUGUUAUUCGAUCACUUAGAGCCACUGGAGCUGGCAGAACACCUUUCCUUCCUGGAAUAUAAAUCCUUCCGACGGAUAUCGUUUACAGAUUAUCAAAGCUAUGUUACACAUCGCUGUCUAAUGGAUAACCCAACACUUGAGAGGUCCAUCGCAUUGUUUAAUGGCAUUUCCCAGUGGCUCCAGCUAAUGGUUCUUAGCAAGCAGACUCCCGUGCAAAGGGCAGAGGUCAUCACCAAGUUCAUUAAUGUGGCUCAGAAUUUACUCCAGCUCCAGAAUUUUAAUACGCUGAUGGCUGUUGUGGGAGGCUUAAGCCACAGUGCCAUAUCCCGCCUGAAGGAAACUUGCUCACACCUUGCUCCUGAAGUUACAAAGGUUUGGAAUGAAAUGACCGAACUCGUCUCCUCAAAUGGGAAUUAUUGCAAUUACCGGAAGGCCUUUGCUGAAUGUGAGGGCUUCAAGAUUCCAAUCCUGGGAGUUCACUUGAAAGACCUGAUUGCCGUCCAUGUAGCUUUCUCCGAUUGGAUAGACGAUAAUAAAGUGAACAUUGUUAAAAUGCAGCAGUUGUAUGUUACAUUUAAUGAACUGGUUUCCCUUCAGGAUGCAAAUCCGCAUUUAGAACCAAAUAUGGAUUUAAUACACCUGUUGACGCUUUCCCUGGAUUUAUACUACACAGAGGAUGAAAUCUAUGAAUUAUCGCUACUUCGUGAACCUAGGAAUCCUAAAUCGACGCCCAGCACCCCAACCACCCCGAACAAACAUGUGGCACUCGUAGACUGGGCACCUGGGCUGACACCAAAGCCAGAUCCUACUGUCAUCAAUAAGCACAUCCGCAAAAUGGUUGAUUCUGUAUUUAGGAACUAUGACCAUGAUCACGAUGGUUAUAUCUCCCAAGAGAACUUUGAAAGCAUCACUGCCAACUUCCCAUUCUUGGAUUCCUUCUGUGUGUUGGACAAAGAUCAAGAUGGUCGGAUCAGCAAAGACGAAAUGAUGGCCUAUUUUCUGCGCGCCAACUCUCAGCUCCAGUGCAAAAUGGGGCAGGGCUUUAUUCACAACUUUCAAGAGAUGACAUACCUCAAACCCACCUUCUGUGAGCACUGUGCAGGAUUUCUCUGGGGUCUAAUCAAACAGGGAUACAAGUGUAAAGACUGUGGUGUGAAUUGUCAUAAGCAAUGCAAAGACCUUUUAGUGUUAGCAUGCCAGAAGCUGCCCAAGAGCUCCUCCUUGGAGAGUGCUUCACCACCUCCACACUCACAUGGCUCUCUGCCCAGCAGCCCUAUGACACACUCCUAUGGAAAUGCUCAAGAUGGAGCAGUGUUCAAUUUCCCCCAAAGUAGCAGAAACCAGGCUGUUGACGGCAGGUCAAUCACACUAAUGACGGGCUCAGCUCAGAAGAUUUCCGUACGCUUACAGAGAGCUACGGCCAGCCAGGCCACACAGACAGAGCCCCUGUGGCAUGAGAGUGGGUGGGCUGCUGGCGACUCAGGCUCUCACACCUUCCCAAAAAUGAAGUCAAAAUUUCAAGGAAAAGAGGGAAAGGACAGGGGCUUUGCCAAGUGGGAAAAUGAGAAGCCCAGCAUGUGUGCCAAAACAGAGGAGGAACAUGAGCCACUGCAGAAUGGGACCGAUACAGAUGAAGAGCAGUGAACGUGCAUUACGCAAGGCAAAACAUCAAAAACUCUCAAUGCAGCCCAAAGUGGUAUCGGAGUGAAUAACUGGCCAGCGCUACUAAAUUUAUGAAGUUACGAUUAUCGUAGUUUAUUUAACCAUUGUGUAACUGCUUUGUGUUCUUGUCUAUUUGUCAGUUUUCAUAAAGUACAUCAUUUCCAAACCUC